AGCUAGGUAAGUUGUCCUUACACGUCUUCAACUAACGGGAUUGUUCUCGAGAGCAAGGCCCCUUGUUCUGCUACUACAGAUUCGGGUAUCGCAAGACGAAUGUCCAUGGAUCAUCCUCCUAUAAAUGCUGCCAGUUAUCUCCACGCUUCUCUCCUCCAGAAAUCGCCAAAGAAGAAAACUGAUUUAUACUCAACCAACUACGACAAUCGAUUGACAAGGUGCUCGAAGCCUCUGGUCACUCGGCAGAUAUUCUAUCAACCAUCAAACAACAAGGUAACGUACGUAUUGACUAGCUGAUCGUCUCCGUUUUGGAACGAUACCGGCUUCAAUUUCCCUCAGCGGGCGGUGUUAAGCCUCACUGGCGUUCUCUCCCUCUCACCGCAAUAUGG